AUGGCAACAUAUCAUGGUUUACCAUCUGUACGGGACGAUUUUCGUUGUUCUCUUUGUCAACAAAAAAAUGUUUUUCAUUGUGAACAUGACACACCUUAUCGUGAUCAAUUAUUAGGUACAUAUAAUCAAGAAAGACCACAUACUAUACCAACAAAUAAUCGAAAAGUUUCUCAACGAACAAGUGUACCUAAUAAUACUUCACAUCAUAACAAAACACGAAAUAUGAGUACUGAACAUAAUAUACAUUCAAAUUCUGGUAUGCGAAGUCAACCAAGUAACAGACCAGAUAACACAUCAUUAUCAAAUACAAAUACAAAUACGAAUAUAAAUACAAAUACGAAUAUGUAUACAAAACCAAAUUCAAGACCAAAUCCAAAUUCAAAUCCAAAUAAUUAUAAAUUAACAAAUGAACAAAAGAAAAAGAAAGGAUGUAUUAUUUUAUAG